UGCUCUCACUCACGGCCUCUAACCGUUGGCAACGGGAGGGGCAUUUUCCCUUCAUCUGGGAGCUGGGGUGGCCGGAGUCGCCCACCAUCUAAAUGCGGGGAGGAGGAAUGUCAAACAACUCACGUGAUAAUCUCUCCAGCUGGCUCCCCCCGCGCUCCCUGCCCUGGGUCAAUGGCCUUGCACCGAACGGCAGGUGAGUGAGUGGGGCCCGUUAGCUCAGAGAGGCCAAGUCUAGAAUGUGUCUCGCCCUUUCAUCGGAGUGUCUCCAAAUACCUUCCAAAUCCUCACGCCUCCAGGGAGACAGAUGAGGAAACUGUGAGGCCACCCCAGGAGUCCAUGGCAAUUUCCACACCCUGCCCUGUGCUCUGACCACUAGAAUCCUGCUGCCUUCAAGCAGGAAAUGAGCUAAGAGAGCCCAGUGCCUCACUCGGAUCCAGGGAAGGCCAAGCUACAUUUAGCCCAUGAGGGCUCUGCCAUGAUUCCUGGGUGGGCUGCCUAGAACAGCAUCUGAGCUGACUACUGGGGUCUACUGCAGACAAUAUGGAGGGUGUAAUGGGGUCCCCGGGAACCCCAAUGUAGUAAGAACAGGGCCAUGCCGGGCUGCGAGUGGUGCUGUGCUCAGGGGCUAUCUUCCCCGGCAGGACGCCAGCCUGCUGAUGGGGGGCUUCCGAUGGCUCCGCCGCCAGAGGUUCGAGGGCCUGGUGAGGGGUUACCUGGCCCAUGUCUGCAUGAAGGAGGCAGAAGAAACCCUGGAGCAACGUCAGGGCAGUUGUGACUGCGUGAAGGCACACAGUGUGCUGGGGCGACUCCGAGGGCUGAGGCAGCAGAGACUCCAGUGCUGGCGGGGUGAGCGGCGCUGCAGCUGGGCGAGGCGGCUGCAGCUGGCAGAGCUGCUCAGCGAGACGCUGGGGCGUGUGGAGGAGCAUUCGGGACUGUUCCUGAUCCAGCCCGUGCUGCCAUGGGCUGGCCGGCCAACCGCACUAACCCCUCCUGGAAGGAGCGACACUCGGCCCCAACCCACUCCCAAGAUGCUGGUUCCAGCGCUGAUGGGACAGGAAGUGAGCAGCCCCCUGGCCAUGCGGGGUCUCCGGCUGCGCACCCCAAGGGAGGAAGGGCCCCACAAGCUGUGGAGCUUCCCAGCACUGGGGGGCAGCGGGGUCUGGCCAGAGCAGGACCUGGCACUGCCAAGCCCACUGGUGAUCACCCCACGGCUACUGGAGAUGGACCUCAAUGGCUACCUGCUGCAGGAGCGCCAGGUGAGCAGGAGGAGCCAGCCUGGCCCAGGCCCAGCCAGUCCCAGAGCCAGGCCCUUCGCAGCCUCGCUGAGGAGUUUCUUUCCCGUCCGACGCGGCGUGGCCCUGAUAGGUACCAGCCACUUGGAGAGGCCGUAAGCGCCCAGCUGUGGCUCCAGAUCGGCUCGCGAUCCCGUGGGCACAUUCCGGACUCCAGGACACAGCUGGAGAAACCAUCUAUUGAAAAUCAGCUGGUUGGGGAAGGAUCCCAGCCAAUCACAGUCCAGAAUGGCCAGACAGCUGCCGCCUCCCUCCCCCCCCCCAAAAAAAAAAAAAAAA